UGAUAACGCCUGUCUGUUACAGGGACAGCGUGCGCUGCACUUAAGACGCCUGAAGCGUAACUACAACAAGCACCUGCCCGUGAACAGUUCUAGCGCUGUGAAGGUCUACAAGGCAUACACAUUCUAUAUGGCUGACCUUUAUCUGUAGGAGUCUACACAAGCAAGACCAUAGACAGGUGCUGCCGAAUUUGAAGUAGCUGACUCACAAACUGGGACAUUUGGACAUUAUGGAAACAGGAAACGGUUCGGAUCUCAUCAACAGCCCCAUGAUGUGUGAGUGUCGCGUGUUGUGCUUGCUGAUGGUGUUGCUGAUCGCCCUGGAAUCAUCAUCAGCUUUGAUUGCACCCACAAGCGACGUCGACGUGAACCCCAUUUGCAAGACAACGAUGGAGACACUGAUCCCCCACCCUACUAAGUGUGCCCAGUACUACAACUGUAGCGCACCGGGCAUGAUAAUACAUCGUUACGGCUUUUUAGGACAAAACCUACAGGAAUGUCCCUUCCCGGAGCUGUACAACCCUGAAACACAGAGAUGUGAGCACUACUGUAAAGUCACGUGUGGGAACAGAACAGAGCCCCUGGGGAAGUGCGAAUAUGAACAGCACGCAUGUCCUGGGGGAAAGUACUGUGGGAUACCAUGCCACGUUCACAAUCCCACCUGCAGGAACCUCUCCGACGGCCUCAACGUCUACGAAUGGCGCCUCAACACUCCCAACUACGUGGUGUGCGUUAAUCAGCGACUGGUCUACACUGGCGUGUGCCACGAUUACGGAACGGGAGCACCUAUUUUUGACGCCAAAUUGCGCGCCUGCAGGUGUUCGUAAAAAAUCCGUUGCUUUACAAAUCACAACUGCAAUGUAAAUUAAAGAGUUCCUAAAACAA